CAACAUUGUUUAGUUACAUUCGACACUGUGACAUGCUUGACCUCCAAGCAGCGCAACGCCUAUCCGGGCGAGGAACAUUUCCCGAGCAUAACCUGCCGCUACGAAGCCGCACCGCAACCUUAGGCCGCAUUCCCAACAGCCACGUCAACUCUCGCCCUUCAUGCAUCGUAAUUGGCGCUAAUUGGGCUGGAAAUUAUGGCAGCCGGAGCUCCGCUGGUACGGCUGCCUCAGCAACCACCUCAGGCGCUGCGGCUAAGAGUGCAAAGCGCGGAGCCGGCAGUCAACGCGAGAGCUUCGUGCCAGAUGAUCAUGAUGACCUCUUAGCAGGCGGAGCCCGAUCUGCCACUGCACGUCGCCUUAAGAUGGUCGUAGCGUACGACGGAUCUGAGUUUGCUGGAUUCCAGUUCCAACCUGGCAAGGUCCGCACCGUACAGGGCGAGCUGGAGCGCUGCGCUCAGCGGCUCUUCCACGGCUGUAGCCGCAUGGUGGGGGCAUCGCGUACGGAUGGAGGAGCGCACGCGUACGGACAGGUUGUCCAUUUUGAUGUGUACGGAGAUCGGGAUGAGCUGGAAUCGGAUACCUUGUACUACAACUCCUUCUUGCCAAAUGAUGUACGAGUAAUUGGGCUGUCGUACGCUGAAGACGGUUUUGACAGCCAUUUCAGCAGUGUUGGCAAGACGUACCUUUAUAAGCUAGCAGGGGGCCUCCCAGACCCA